ACUAAUAAAAGUCACGUUGACAAAACUUUUUGCGACGCAAAUGUCAUGCAUUUUACGAAAUACAAUACCAGCCCUGAUAUAAAGAUAGUAAUCGCUAAAGUUGCUUUCCAAGUUGAUUAGUUCUGUGACGUGGUGUCCGAUCCAUGCAGUGGUGUGUGUUGCGUGUCGGCGAGCACCGGUCAGGAGGACUACCGCGCUUGAGCCGCCCGCAGCAGGGAGGGGCGGCAUUCCACCCAAGGUCAGCGGCGGCUGUCGGCCAGCGGGCCCGCGCGCCUCCGCACGCCCCAUGCUGCCCGCCCCACUCGCGCCGCUCGACCCGCGAAAAACACGCGCGCUCACCACCAUCUACGCGCCGCGGAAACUCCGCGCGCGCAAACACAAGACGGCGCAAACCAGGAUGCUAGACAACGACAUCCCCAUCAAACCUACCUUAUCACCGUUUCACCCUCUCCCCGCGAUUGGACAGAAAAGUGACAAACCCAAGACUAAAGUCAUCGUUUUCGAUCUCAACAACUCUGAAGGACUGGAUAACAACUCUAUAAAACUACACGAUGUCCUUAAACCACUAACGCCGUUGAGGAUACAUGGAUACGCCAGAAAAAGCUCUUUAGAUCUUGAUAGAAAACCUCAACAACUGCUCAGAGAGAACACGUACGAUGUCAUAGAACCAAUUUAUCUAAAUGCUGCUAAAGUGAGGAAGAGAGACACGUCAAUAACGAGGACAAGUUUAACACCGAUGGCUGCUGAUUCUGAGAAUACGGAAAAAGAAGCCCCGAAAGAGAGUGAACAAAAAUUGUCGCCCAAAACGAGGUUCAAGAAGGCGGCGAUUCAAGUCGCGAAACUCUCGUCGUUGCCAGAAACAGGGAAGUUAUUAUGUUUAAGAGAAAGACAAACUUUUAAUAUUUGUAAGAAAGAUGGCAAAUCUUCGUGUAAACUGGAAGAGCUGCCAAAAAGUCCAACUCAGAAACUAAAUAAACUAACAGAAAUAUUUCAGGGUCUCGAAAUGAAUGGACGGCAAAGGGACAAGCUGAAAAAGGAGAAUAGUUGGUUCUAAUUACUAUAGGUUAAGGAAGAGUGAUUUUAUUUAUCUGUUUUCUAUGUGAAGAAGAAUUUAAAGAAGAGAAAAGUUAAGUGAUAACUAGUUAAAUAAGAGUUCGUCUAUUUUCGUUGAAACCGUGUAAUGUUUAUGAGACAUUGUUGCUCAAAUUUUGGUGUCGCGCGUGCUAGGUGUACACUCGCGUACAUGUUUUAUUAAAGUGUGUAUUUUAUAA